GUACGACUCAUAAGUAAGGACUUUUGUGGCAAAAGAUUCUUUUACUUUUCUGUCCAGACAUAAAUAAAAUCUCUAAGAAUUAUGUGCAAUAACAUAUGCAGUAAUACAUUGGAUUAUUAAUUAUGUAAACGUUUCACAAAUACCUCUUCUGGUAUGUCUGGCAAAGGCAAGAAUACAUGCAGCAGUUCUACUCUUCGGCCACAAGCUGUACAUGACACGAAAUGGUUGAAAAUAGAUUUACAGGAGGCAUUCACUGCCAAUGGAUUGAGUAAAUUUUGGAAUGAACUCGUAAAAGAUGGUGAAGUUGCCAAUAAUUUGAGAUUGGCAAACAAUGGGAAUGAAAAAGAGGAUGUAGUCAAAAACGAGGGUAAUGGGUUGACAAAAUCAAAUGUAUGUGAGGCAAGGGGUAGCACAAGUUGUGCUUGUUCUGGACAUAACACUUUAGAGGAAGAAGGAAAGAACUGCCGAGAUUCAGAUGAAAUAAUCGAUUCCUGGACGUGGGGUGAACAGCCAACAAUCUCAGGUCUAACAGAAGCCGUUCGUUCAUUAAUGACAGAGCAAUUGGAGCUAAUCCAUCAAGCCUCAAAAUCAACACCAUCUUCUGUACGAUUGCAUCAAAGACUACUCGUACUUGAGAGAUAUUAUAUUGCGUAUAUAUCUAGUUCUAGUAGUUUGUCUGGGUGUGGUUUUACACAAAAUGAUGAUACGAAGAAUUCUCAGAAAAACACAAAAAAUUCCAGAACCACCCAAAAACAACUUGCAUCUUCAGCAGUUGGUCUGGCGCACAUUGGUGCACGUGCCGCAUUUUCGUUUGCCUGUGCGUUUUUACGUCGAGCGUGGAAGUCGGGCGAAGAUGCUGAUAUAUGUCGCGAGUUCCUUCAGGAGGCUCACGAAGCCUUGCAGAGUCUACCAGAAUGUUUGUUAUUCAACGAAGAAGCUGUCUCUCCCGUGUGGAUCGAUACUGUUGAAAGAGUAUCAAUGUUUCUUAAAGCUGUUGUAUCAGGAGGAAGCAAUGAAGGUGGUAUUCUAUACAGAACUUUGGACAAUGUACCCAUAAUGGAUCAACACAUGGCUUUGGGCAUUUUUCUUGAAUUAGCUUUCCAACGAGGAUCAUUAAACCACAUCUUGGAGUCAGUAUUGUUGCUACUCCGUCUGUGGGAUCGUGGCCAAGAUAACGAGAAGAACUCUUCGUGUACCACGGCUCCACUGAAUCCGAUAUUGAAACGUCUCGAACGACUCUCUGAAUCUUACUGCAAAGUAGGCGCUCCACGAAUAUCGGACGAGGCAUCACCUUCGUUUCUUCCAGUAAUCAGUCCAACGGAAUGUUUUCUUCGUUAUGCAUCAUUGCCUGAAGACGAUUUGGAAUUACUCGAUGUUCAACAAGUUGCUGUUACGAUACUUUCUUACCUUGAUAGCUUUUCAACGUCUCAUUUACCUUCAAAAAAUGUUUCAGGAGUGCAAUCAAAUGGUUCUCAAAACGUGUACAGCUGGGGAUUCGUCGGUGUUUCAAACAAUGGUUGUUCCACGACACCUGUUCAUUCUCGGGCGUUCAUUGAUCUUAAUGUGAAACAAAUCAGUUGUGGUGAAAGAUCGUUUGUUUUACUGACACAUGAUGGCAAGGUGUACUCUCAACUUUAUAAUGCUGAAAAACAGGUUCCUACCUUGCUCGAAUCUCUUGCGGGUAAAGCUGAAAUUAUUAAACUCGCAUCUCAUUCCGACGCAAGGCAUUAUUUGGCUUUGAGCAAAGUAGGUAUGGUCUAUAGUUGGGGGUCUGGAGAAAUCGGAGCACUUGGACUUGGAGAUACUAAUUCUCGAGAAGAACCAACUCUCGUGACUGCUCUGUCUGGUAAAAAUAUCGUUGGAAUUAGCUGUGGAAGUUCGCACAGUGCUGCCAUAUCUGCUGAAGGAAAUUUAUAUACCUGGGGUCGUGGGAAUUAUGGUCGACUCGGCCAUGGCAAUAGUGAAGAUGUGUUGGUCCCAACCCUGGUGAGUGGUCUUAAAGGUCAUCAUGUUGUUGAUGUUGCUUGUGGUAGUGGCGAUGCCCAGACAUUAGCUGUCACGAAAGAUGGUAAGGUAUGGUCGUGGGGUGAUGGUGACUAUGGUAAACUUGGAAGAGGCGGAAGUGACAGUUGCAAAUCGCCGAAAUUAGUUGAUAAAUUCCAGACUGAACAUGUUGUUAAAGUUCUUUGCGGUGGUCAAGUUUCUCUCGUUCUUACCAAAGAAGGAAAUAUAUGGACCUGGGGAAAAGGUGAUGAUUUUAGGCUUGGACAUGGCUCUGAUGAACACUGCCGUUUUCCCAAAGUGAUUGAAGCGUUGCGAGGAAAGGAGGUCGUUGAUAUUUCCUUGGGUUCAGUUCAUUGUCUUGCAUUGACAGGUGAAGGCAAGGUGUAUGCCUGGGGUGGGAAUGAUAAAGGACAACUGGGGAUAUCAAGCUCAGAGGCGAAGGAUACUCCUACUGAAGUACAAGCAAAUGAAGGAACAUUGUUUCAAUAUGUUGCCUGUGGUCCAGCUCAGAGUUUCGCAUGGUCAAGUGGGAAGAACACCUGCGUUGGUCUCAAAGCUCCAUAUGUUGUCGAUGUUACAAAAAAGACUUUUGAGCAUCUGGAUGCUUUGUUGCGAAGAGUGAGCGAGGAUUUAGAUGGCACACGAGAUUGGCCACCACCCGCUCAGGAGAAAGAAUGUAUUGCCGUGGCCGCAUUGAAUCUUUUGCGAUUACAGUUUCAUACAGCUAUUCGUGAAGGUGUGAGUGGUGAUGAACUUGGUCUUGGUGCUGGCAGUAAACUUCUUCAGUCUUUAAGACAGCAAGUUGUUAUGUUAGCUGUAAGUAAAGGUGUUUUGAGUACUGUCAAAGAUGCUGCCAAGGGAACGUUAAACAGUGGAUGGUCAUUACUUCUACCGACUACGGAGGAAAGAGCUAAGACAUUAUCAGAACUACUCGCUGAGAAACUUGGUUCCAGUGAUAACACAGAUACAGGCUCUGGUCGUGAUUUCAUGAUAGAUCUUCUCAUUCAAAGUCUCAUGGUUGAGGGCAAUUUGGAAAGAGCUUUUCAAAAUGCCGUAAAAAGCGAAUUGUCCCAGGACAAAAACGACAACCCUGGUGGUAUUUCAGACAUAUCGAACAGUACGCCUUUAUUACAAUUGGCGCGUGAACUUCUCAGGACCUGUGUCGACAAAUGCUUAUCCCGUUUUCAUGCGAAUAAAACGCGAUCCGAUGCGCCAGUUGAGGACAAUAAGACAAGAAAUCGUAAUGCAAUUAUGGAGUUGUUGUUAAAACUGCAAAGAUUAUUUGUUGGCUGCAUUUUAACGAUCUUCAUGACGGAUCGUGAAUCAAACGGCGGUGAUAAAGAACUUCAGGACGAGCAACUUCGAGGCUCGUUUAGUCUUCUUAACAAGUACAUCCAGCUAUUGUGUUGUCAUGUCACUCAGGUUUUAGUUCAAGCUCACAACUAUGCAAAUACUGCAAAUCUUCUUCCACAUAUCUCUCAUAUCAUCGAACAAGAAAUGCCUGCCGUAUUACUCCCCGAGUUUAUAACAUCACUCUUACUACUUCACACACAUAUUGGUAGAAGAACUGGACUUUCCUCCGUAUUUCCUGUUUUACGAGAUCUCCUGGAGUUGUUAGAUAAAUUUAAUAAAUUGGUGCCAAACAUAGCUCUGGAAGACGGUGAAGACUUGGCUUGGCCAGGCGGUCUAGGGAGUUCAUCGUCAAUGAGUUUCGACAAUUCUGCCGAAGUUGUGAUUGAAAAAGCUGAUCUGGAAAAUCACAAUAAAGAAGGUGGAAUGUGGGUUGUUAUUCAUGGCAAAGUUUUUGAUUUGCAAGAAUUCAAAGAUCAAGCACCGUGUGGAAAAGAACUUUUAUCCAAAUAUGCAGCUCAAGAUGCUACAGAAGCAUUUGAAGGAGCCAGUCACUCGAGUGAAGCAAGAGACAUGAUGCAGGCAUUUUGUGUUGGUGUUUACAUGGAGGAAGAACAAGCCCAAUGUGAUGUAGCACCAUCAGUAUUGGCACCAUUACUAGACACAGAACGUUCACUUGCCUUUCUUCUUGGUCACCAUGCCCACCUACUGUGCCAGGGAAUAGCAAUGACCGCUGAUGAAGAAGAUUGUGAUCCAUGGUUGACUAGUGAUUUCUUCGCUGGAGGUCUAGAGACAUGUUAUGCAGUCCCACAAGCAAAAGACAAGAAAAAUGAGGGCGGACAGAAGAGUUUCCAGAAAAUUCUCAAGAGAACUCAUCGUGACGGUGCGCAUGCUCCACAUUCCGAUGCCGUUAAAAUGUUCAUAACGAACCUGUCUGAAAACUUCAAAGACAACAGCGUUGAGAAGUUUCUUUCGUUGGUGAAACGCUGUUGUCAUGUAAAGAGAAUAAUAAUGCCACUUGAAUUUCCUGCUGAUCAUCCUAUCGAACAAUUUGGACGGUUGUUCCUUGCUUGCUUGUUAAAACAUCAGGAACUUGUUCCUAUGGCGCUAUCGUUGAUUGAACAUGAAGACCUGGAUAAAUUACCCGAUGGUGAAUUGUCGUCAUCUACAGAACACAGUCAUUAUCCAGCAUCCUUAGUGCAAGUCUUAAGAGUUACUCAUCAAGCCAAAUGUAAUCUUAUUAAGUCUCAUCAAGAAUCCUUCCGAUCGUAUGAAGAAGUGUGUAUUCCCGCGCUGGAGAGAUGUCAUUUCCUGCUUCAAAUACUACGACCUGCCGUGUCGGGUGAAUUGGCAGCUUUAUCUAAACUCAGGCUACUCAAUAUGAUUCCUCGAUGGAAACGUUUGGUGUCUCAAGUGAUUCAAGAAAACAGGAAAUCUAAGGAAGGUGAAAAAGGAAGUGUGCAAGGUCGAGAAAGUCAGGAGAUGGAAAGAGACGAGGAUUUCAGUGUUGAACGCGUUGCACUAAGGUUGGCAGUGCUGGAGGAGUCUAAACAAGAGCAAGAGGCCUCAUUGACGGUCCCGACGGCAGCUCUGACAAAUAUCAAGAAAUUCAAAUGGCUUCGCGAACGCGUGACAAACAGUUCUUCUGCCACAGUAUUGAUGAAUCAUAUUAAAGAUUUUGUUUUAAAGGAAGAGAAAAUAAACCUCGAGAAGAUCAUGAAUGCAAUGGAGUGUCAGGUGAAAAGAGCACGGCUUCGUUUGGAAGGAACUCACUUUUUGUUGUCACUGAUAAAUAAAGGCUUACUUGAUUCUGUCAAAUACGCCAUUUUAUGCGGGUGGCAGGGAUUGUCAACGAAUACUUUAAAAAGAAGGUCUCCUGUGCCACGAAACCUUUCAGAUGUAAAAUUAAUUCCUCCUUAUGAUCAAGUUGUACUGGACAACGCCUUUACAAAGAUUGACCAGUGGUCCAUAAACCUACUCCGAGACUCCGUGUUGGAAGCAGGCGAUACUUACAAGAAGUCACAAUAUAAUUUACGAAGAUCUACAUCUGACAUGUCUCUGGGUGUAUUGCCUUGUGCUCGCUUUAUGAUGGCUACACUUGCCAUGCUAACUGUCGAACAUACUGCUGCUGGAGUCAGCUUGCUGCUCAAUUCUGGCGUUCUUGCUCUUUCACAGACAAUCUUACGGCUAGCAGGACCAUCUGAUGACAAUAAUGACGACAAUGAAAUGAUAGCGGCAUCGAUUAUUGACGAACACAAGAAACCACGUUCACCUCCACCUUUACCAACGGUUGGACCAGAAAUGGCACGAAUGAUGAAAGUUGGAACUAAAGUGAUACGAGGUCCUGACUGGAAAUGGGGCGAUCAAGAUGGCAAACCACCGGGUGAAGGUCGUGUUGUUGGUGAACUUGGUGAAGAUGGUUGGGUACGAAUUCAGUGGGAUACUGGUUGUACUAACUCCUAUCGUAUGGGAAAAGAAGGGAAAUAUGAUCUACAACUGGCAGGACCGCCUCCAAUACCCGAGAGUAGUGAAGAGGAAGAGGAAGAGAUUAAGCCAGUUGACAAAAGACGAAACAUGCGAUCAUCUAAUGACGGAAAGUUAUCCACACAUCCAACUGUCCUAAUACGUCGUGCCACCUUAAAAUUAUUACGCUGUUUAAUUAUUUCAACUGGUAUUCAUGCUGAGGAUGUUCCAAUCAAUGCAUUGAAAACUGUUUCUGGUCUUCUGUUGACUAUUUUGGAUAAAGGGAGCUCAGAAAAUGAAAAAGAUACAAUCUAUCAACAACAACAUCAUGAAUGGGCGAAGUUAGGUUGUAUACGUGGAAUAACAUUGACUUCAUCUGCAAGCAAGGUCUUCAGUUCUUCCCAUUGGAUCAGUUUAUUUCUACGUAUUGUGGGCGGUAAUUUGGGAGAAGCAAACUUUUGUAGUCCGGUUAAUGCCGAACUUAAGACACUGCAGGAGACGAAAUUAAUAACUCAGUUACCGAAACAGAUUCUUACAUUACGACUGAUGCGUGUUGUUCUUCCUUCAUGGGACGGAGAAAAUUAUUCAGCAGAAAUGUCGACGUUGAUUGAGAAACUUUUCACUUUGCUUGGUCGUGUCUUGAUGACAUGUACAGGAAUGCUCCCUUUUGAUGGUAGAAAAAAGAGAUUGCAAGGGAGAAGAUCUAAACCGAGAGCAUCGCUAACAGCUUCACACAGCAGUACAGUAGCUGAAGAAUUAGUGGUACUGCUUCGUCAUCUUCAUUCAUUUGAUUACUGGAAUCACUUUAUCAACGACUUUAUUAGUGCAAGAUUGAAUUCCAUCGCCGAAACUGCAUCACAAGCUAAAACGAUGUCAGAAAAUGCAGAGGAUGAGCCUGUAGAAGGAGGUAUAAUGGCGGCUCUCGCUGUCAUUGGUGGCGUGGACAGUCGACCACGUUUAGGUGGUAUGGUUCAUCAUAAUGAUCAUGGUGCUGGUACCGUUUCGCGUAUUACGGCUAAUGGUAAAAUUACCAUGCAAUGUCAAGGAAGCAAUGAAGUACACACCUGUUCUAUUACACAACUGAAGUCGAUUCCUGUGAUAUCGUUUUGUGUUGAACGUCUGAACGCGUGUGGCAGUAUGUUGAACAUGUGGUCAUCUUUAGUCAGAUUAACUGGCGAGGGUGUACUGACAUCGGAAACGAAGGAGUAUACCACCGCAUCUAAUGAAGAAGUAUCUGGAGCGACAUUCUCUCAAGGAGUAUUCGACGUUAUCGAUACAGCGUUAUUAAGGAAACAGCAAAUAUGCCUUGGCCUGCUCAAGGCAGUUCGUGUUCUACUGAGCCCUCAGGAACACCUCAGAAAGAUCAUCCUUUCCUCAGAGACCGCAGGUGGAACAUCGCAAACGCUGUUUCAACUGUUGAUGCAAACUGCGGUAAAGCCGUCGCCAAUUAAACCUAUUUUUGGUCGAGAAGAGUUAGAGGCUGCCGCCCUUUCCACUUGCCAAUAUCUGGCUGCAGAAGCAUACAGUCCAAUACCGUGUGAGGCGGAUACCACUGGAAGUCCGACAAGCUCUGGCAACAACAAGGGUGAGAGCCCAAAGGGUGGUAAAUCACCAGUGCAGGGAAGACGAUCUCUUUCGAAAGUAUCCGAUCCAGUCAUUGCGAAAUGUGUUGAAAUGGGAUUUCCUCAGGGUCAUGUAGAAUAUGCUGUCAAGGAACUUAAGGUGGAACACCCUCGUCCCGAAAUGGUUGUCGCUUGGUUGCUAGACCACCCCGAGAUUCCUGAGAUUGAAGAGACGGAAUGCAUCUCUUCAGAUAAUGAAGAUGGCGGUGGUAACUCGAGCAGUAGUCUGAGCGAAGGCGAAGCGUCAAGUGAACAUUGUAAUGGAAUGGCGGUUGUUUAUAAGAAUAGAAGUCAUUUCCGAGAUAACGAAGAGUACGCGAAGUACGUCAGAGAUAAGGUGCAGGUUGGCAUGACUGUCAAGUGUUGUAGAACAUACGAGGAGGUGCAUGAAGGCGACGUUGGAAAAGUGGUUAAGCUUGAUCGUGAUGGUUUGGAUGAUUUAAAUGUACAAGUAAACUGGCAAAGAAAAGGUGGCACGUACUGGGUUAGAUAUGUUCAUGUCCAGUUGCUUGGAUUUGAUACCACUGUUGGCGGUCGUCCUUUCAAAGUCGGAGAUCGUGUAAGGGUCAAAGCCUCUGUGACCACACCAAAGUAUAAGUGGGGAACAGUGAAUCAUGCAAGUAUUGGUACUGUUAUAUCAGUGAGUAGCAAUGGCAAAGAUGUCAAAGUGGAUUUUGAACAACAAGCAAAUUGGACAGGACUUGAGAGUGAGAUGGAACUCGUGCCAGUCAGGCAUAAUGGUGUAACGUGUUUCUCAUGUCAUAUGCAUCCAGUGGAGGGACCACGUUAUAAAUGUAGAGUAUGCUCUGACUACGACCUCUGUAAGAACUGCUUUGAAACUCGUUCACACAAACACUCUUUUCUGUGUUUACCCGAGGAAGACAGUACACCUGUCAACGUUGGGAAGUCUGGCAAGACAAGAAGGAGGGAAAAACGUGUUCGACGUACAGAACUGAUCAAGGAAUGGACACGAUGUAUUAAACAAAUCACAGUAUCCUCUCGUGAAGGACUUAAGUUAAGACUCUUUGAUGGAACUGAUUCUUAUUGGCAAAGUUCUGGACCACAAGGAAAGCAUUGGAUAAAUCUUGAGCUAUAUCCUGACAUCCUGAUUCAUAAACUAUUGAUGACAGUUGAUUCAUCAGACAGUAGUUAUACACCAUCUGUUGUUGUUACAUCAGUCGGAGAAUCAUUGGAGUCUUUGGUUGAAGUGAAAACGACACAUGUGAAGGAAAACGAACACUCGGUAAAGUUGCUUGAAAACGUGCAAGAGGAAUGCCGUUUUGUACAGAUAGCAAUAAAACAAUGUCGAAGCAGUGGAAUUGACACAAAGGUUCAUGGUUUGACCAUAAUUGGAAAACGUAAAUCUGACGAAGAUCAAAUUGCUUGCGGCUUUUCGUUCCUAGCCUUAGACGAGCAAACAGAACCGCAGACAUGCGCAUCGUCGCUGAGGAAAGCACAGCGAUCCCGCAAGGAGUCGAAAGAUGGAAACGUUCAGGUUUAUGUCUGGGGUCUCAAUGAUAAAGAUCAACUUGGUGGACAAAAGGGCUCCAAGAUAAAAACUCCAACGUUAUCGGAAACGCUGACGGACUUAAAUGUGGUUCAAUUGAGCGGUGGUUCUAAAAGUUUGUUUGCGGUAACACGAUCAGGAGAGGUCUACGCCUGUGGUGAAUCAACAAAUGGUCGACUGGGUCUUGGUACUAUCACAGGUAAUGUUCCUACACUGAGGAAGAUAGACAGUCUGUGUGGUAUCCAGGUGAAGAAACUUGCUGUGCAUUCUGGUGGAAGACAUUGUUUGGCUGUAACCGUGUUGGGAAAACUGUAUUCGUGGGGUGAAGGUGAAGAUGGCAAGCUUGGUCAUGGAAAUAGACAAAAUUAUGACACGCCGAAGCUUGUGGAAGCCUUUAAUGGAAUAUUUGUCCGUGACGUAUCUGCAGGCAGUUCACAUAGUGCCGCCAUUACCAGUGACGGUGAAUUAUACACCUGGGGCUUGGGAGAAUAUGGCCGCUUAGGUCAUGGUGAUGCUUACACGACUAAUAAACCAAAGUUGGUUCGAGCGUUUCAAGGCCAUCAUGUGGUGAGUGUUGCGUGUGGCAGUCGUGAUGCACAGACACUGGCAUUAACUGAUGAUGGUAAUGUUUGGUCCUGGGGAGAUGGGGAUUUUGGCAAAUUAGGCCGUGGUGGAAGUGAAGGAUGUCAAGUUCCUCAACCUGUUGAAAGAUUGAAAGAUGAGGGAGUAAUUAAAGUCGAAUGUGGUGCUCAGUUUUCACUAGCUUUGACGAGAUCCGGUCUAGUCUAUACUUGGGGUAAAGGUGAUUAUUACAGACUUGGUCAUGGUAAUGAUUCUCAUGUUCGUCGUCCACAAGUAGUGGAAGUUUUUAGAGGAAAAAAGAUAAUUGAUGUGGCUGUCGGUGCUUUACAUUGUCUUGCAGUCACUGAGCAAGGGCAGGUUUAUGCGUGGGGUGAUAAUGACCACGGCCAGCAAGGCAAUGGAUCCACGUCCGUCAACCGUCGACCUCAUAUUGUCAUUGGUUUAGAAGAGGUGAAAAUAACCAGAGUUGCAUGCGGUUCAUCGCAUAGCAUUGCAUGGUCGGAUAUCAACAUACACACUCCAGUUAACCAUGAACCAGUUCCCUACCUCGUCAACGAAGACCAACUCGGGUCACAUUUCGUCACCAAACGAUCAUCAAGUGAACCGAAAGUAACAAGCGGGAAAUCUCGCAAACAACGACCAUCUCUCACUAAAAUUGUUUUAGCUUUGAGGAAAAAGCACGAAAGGCAACAUGCCUUUGGGCACAUUUUGUCUGCUCUUCAAAUUCAUUUUGCCCGUGAAGCAGUUGUGAGUUCACUAUCACGAAAAACUUUAACUCCUUCUUCAGAAAUGAGCGCAGAUAACGCUGACCCACAGAAUUCUGAUACUCGAAUCAGUCCUUCGACCAAAUCCAUUGAUUUAUCGGUGAUACCACAAGCCACGCUAAGUGAAGUCGUCCUCAGUAAUGUGAAAUCUGAUGUUAGUUUAGAUGAACUUUCCAAGCAAUUAGGAACUAAAGAUGCUGAGUUACUAGUCGAUGUCCUUAAGCUAGCGGUUGCACAUAGAACAAGUGAAGAAGGGAAACAGUCUGUUUCAAGCGUAUUGAAAGAACUUGCCGAAGAAAUUCCUGAAGUGGCUGAAAUGUUAGUGAACCUUUGCAAGACUGAGUUAGAAAAUGUUGUGUCAAGUCAGGAAGAUGUUUCCUCGUCGAAGUUAGUGAAGUUACCUGAAGCAAUCGAGAGCUCCCAUCCAUACACUCACGAGGAUAACAAAAUAUGUGAUUACGUCAAAAUACCCGGUGCAUCCUGUCUCAGGGUCGAGUUUGAUCGACAGUGUUCAACAGAAAGAUGGAAAGAUGUCUUGACAUUGCAUGAUUGUAACGGCAGAGAGAUUGCAAAUCUCAGCGGAAGGGAGAAAAGCGAUUGGUCCAACGAAAUUCAGAUCAACGGUAACGAAAUGCGGUAUAAAUUUACUGUUGCGAGCACCGAGCCAGUGAAAGGCUGGGGCUGGAAAAUGACUGUCUAUCCAAUUGCGUCCUCUGUUAUCCCAUACGAUGUUCUCUCUGAUAGCACUGUUUUAUCGCGUCCUUCAAUCGAUCUCGCUGUGUGUCUGCUUGAUUUUUACUUGGAAGCCCUUGUGAGCAAUGAACUGGUUGUGAGUCUUGCAUCAUCGCUAUCAGCGUGCGUUCAGUUCAAUAGUUUAUCUGCUGAACAUCGUACGUGGGCAUUGUUGCGUCUACGUCAGCUACUACUUUCUGCGCAUGGCCCGUGUAUUAACAUCGCUGACCUUCUUGGAUCACGAUCGCAGCCAUCUGAUGAGACGUGCAAGCUGAAGCCAUGCACUGAUCCUGUUAUGGACGCAAUUAUUUCCCCCUCACCACUUGGUAUGUUGAUGAAAGGACUGCCCAACAUGUUACGACGUCAGUACGAACAUGAUGAAUCUUUAGUGCGAAGUGGCAAGCAUUUGUUCUUCAGUCCAUUUUUUCAGGUUCUGGUGGCCUUUGCCUGUGAUUUAGCUGUUGACAAAUUGUCUCCGCCAGUUGAAGGCCAACAAGAGUGGGCAUGGUUUAUACGCUACUGCACCACACGUAGGACAGCGAUUGCACUUGAAAAUCGUUCCAAACUUCCUCAGGAUAUGCUAGAUGAAACUGUUUUGAAAAUUCAUGAAAUAAAAAGUAUCGGUGAAAUCAAUCACGAUUACGAAGAUCAUCAGAUAUUUAAACAAGAACAGGACGAACAGCUUGUUAACUGGUUCAGUCGUCGUCCUUGUGAUUGGACAAUGGCAUGGACUGGUACGAACUUGAUUUACGGUUGGGGUCACAAUCACCGAGGUCAGUUAGGAGGUGUUGAGGGACCGAAGGUGAAAAUUCCACAGCAAUGUGAUACUUUGUCACCACUCAAACCUGUACAGAUAUGUGGGGGUGAACAGUCCUUGUUUAUUGUAACAACCGAUGGCAAGGUGCAUGCUACUGGUUAUGGUCAUGGUGGAAGAUUGGGCCUUGGUGGGUCUGAAACGGUUAUGAGCCCGCGAUUGCUUGAAACAUUGCAACAUUACGUCAUCAAGAAGGUAGCUGUACACUGUGGGGGAAAACAUUCAUUAGCGUUGACUUCAGAUGGUGAUGUUUUCUCGUGGGGAGAAUGUGACGAUGGCAGACUAGGGCAUGGCAAUAGGCUGUCGUGUGAUCGUCCACGGAUCAUUGACACAUUGUGUGGUAAAUCAGUGGUGGAUAUCAAUUGCGGUGGAUCUCACAGUUCUGCAGUCACAUCAUCUGGUGAAUUAUAUACUUGGGGUAAAGGUCGUUAUGGUAGACUUGGUCAUGGCGAUAGUGAAGAUCAAUUAGUACCAAAAAAAGUCGAAGCAUUUGACGGUUAUCGCGUCAUUGAUGUUGCCUGUGGUAGUGGCGAUGCACAGACCCUUGCCUUGACCGAUGAUGAUUGUGUAUGGUCGUGGGGAGAUGGCGACUAUGGAAAGCUGGGUCGAGGAGGCAGCGAUGGUUGUAAGAUUCCUGUUAAAAUUGAAACUUUAACAUCGGCAGGGAUAGUGUCAGUAGCAUGUGGUUCACAGUUCUCAGUUGCCCUAUCCAAAAAUGGCGAGCUGUACACCUGGGGGAAAGGUGACUAUUAUCGUCUUGGUCACGGUACAGAUGAACAUGUUCGAAUACCGAAGAAGGUUUCGGCGUUACAAGAUAAGAAGAUUGUAUCUGUAGCAACAGGUUCAUUACAUUGUGUAGCGUGUACUGAUACUGGUGAAGUCUACACUUGGGGGGAUAAUGAUGAAGGUCAGCUAGGUGAUGCAAGUACGAAUGCUGUUCAAAGACCACGUUUAGUCACUGCCUUACAGGGUAAAAAGAUCAACCGUGUUGCCUGUGGUUCUGCUCACUCGUUGGCUUGGUCAACGUCGAAAGCUGUGAGUUCUGGAAAGCUUCCUGAUGUCAUACCCAUGGAAUACAGUCAUCUUCAUAACAUACCUCCAGCAACGUUACGUAACCGCCUAAUUAUGUUACACCAUUUCUCAGAGAUGUUCUGCAGCACAUUCCCAAUGUUCGAUUUAAUGCCAGCGCAAUCUGGUGAUAAAUCGAAUGUCUUGCAACUGAACCUUGAUACACUUAGAUCAGUGUUGGUUUCCUCCAUCAAAGAUUCUACAUUCCGUAAGAUCAUUCAGGGAACGAUGGUUCGCGACCGUCAGCAUGGUCCUGUGAUUCAACUGAACCGCAUGCAAGUGAAAAAAAGUCGUCAAAAAGGCGGAUUGGCUGGUCCGGAUGGCACCAAAUCUGUAUUUGGUCAGGUGUUCGCAAAUAUUUCGAGCUUUUCCAAAGAAAGUUACCUACUUCCACACCGUAUUUGGAAGGUGAAGUUUAUCGGCGAGAGUGUGGAUGAUUGUGGUGGUGGUUACUCGGAGUCUAUUGCAGAGAUAUGUGAUGAACUGCAAAAUGGUUCUCUACCUCUUCUCAUUGUCACACCAAAUGGCCGUGAAGAAUCUGGAGCUAAUCGAGAUUGCUUUAUAAUCAACCCAGAUGCAGACUCGCCUGUACACUUGAGCAUGUUCCGUUUUCUGGGAAUUUUAAUUGGAAUCGCAAUUCGAACCGGUAGCCCAUUAAGUCUAAGCCUAGCUGAACCAUGCUGGAAGCAGUUCGCUGGCGUGGCUCUCAGUGGAAUAGAUCUUGCUGAGAUGGAUAAAGAUUAUAUUCCAGGUCUGCUGUGCAUUCGAGAUAUGGACGAGGAAGGUUUUGAAGCAAUGAAUAUGGCAUUCAGUACACCGAGUGCAAGCGGACGUGAAGUUCAACUAGACUCUAAAAUUUCCAGUGUUGAUUUCGGGAAUAAAGAGGAAUACGUAGGACGCGCCCUGAACUACAGGCUGGGUGAAUUUGAUCGCCAGGUCGCUGCCAUACGUGAAGGUAUGGCUGAAGUUAUACCGGUUCCAUUGCUAUCAUUAUUUAUGGGUGUGGAAAUAGAAACAAUGGUAUGUGGUAGUCCAGACAUACCACUUGAUCUGUUGAAGUCAGUGACAACAUACAAGGGCAUUGAUCCAAGUGCUGCCCUCAUAAAAUGGUUCUGGCAAACACUUGAACAGUUUUCAAACACCGAGAGAUCCUUGUUUCUUCGUUUUGUUUGGGGUCGUACUCGCUUACCUCGUACCAUCGCUGAUUUCCGUGGCAGAGAUUUUGUUAUUCAGGUGCUGGACAAGUACAACCCACCGGAUGAGUUCCUGCCUGAAAGUUACACCUGCUUCUUUCUUCUGAAAUUGCCUCGUUACUCACAUCCAAGAGUGCUGAGCGAAAAAUUAAAAUAUGCGAUAUACUUCUGCAAGUCAAUUGACUCUGACGAGUAUGCAAGAAUUGACAUGGGAGCAGAAACUGACAUAGACAGUGACUGAUAUAAAACAUCUUCUGUUUUUGGAAUGGAAACAAUUGUACUAGUUUUAUGUGAAGGAAUAGUAGGGCCGCUAGGUUUACGGGUUGGCAAGUAGAAUGCGUCCUUCUUUGAAACUGAUAGGUUUUCUUUCGAAUUAAAUGAUUAAUUGUUUGAGCACAUUUCCGAGGUGUGCUGUCUGAACAACCAACCCUUUUUAUGAAAUAUUAUACAUUGUUGUGAAAAAUGGAUUGAAUUUGGAAAUACAACUGAUAUUUAUUGAUAUCCAAUAUUAUACAA